AUGGAAAGCAAGGAAGGUAAAUCACUUUCUGAAUUGGAGGAAGAAAUUUUUGAAGAAUUCAGAGAUUUCAUGAAAGGGAUUGCAAAGAUUGAUCAGUUGGGAAUCGCUGGAAGCAGGCUGCUGUCUGGAUUUCAACAAGCACUUGAGUUUACUAGGAGGCCUCCUAUAGACACGAAUUCUAAAUUAGUCGAGAAGAUAAUUGUGGCUAAUGAAACUAAGAGAGUUAAAGCCUAUAUUAAUUCUGGAUGUAGGAAGCUCCAUGAAAGUAUCCAGAGUGUCACAAACUUUCACUCAUGCACACGUGGACUGUGUAACCAUAUAAGCAAAGCUAAGGAAAUACUUGAUGAACUUGAAGGUCUAUUGGGGGAUGUAACAAGUUCUAUUCAGACUAGAAAUGGAAAAUUAUUAGCACUCUCUGAUCGGGAUUUCGAGGUUGAAUUAAAUGAACAAGCAACCUAUGAUGAUUGGGAGGAAAAGGAUGCUUUGUCCCAUUCUCAAAGUCCUGAUGUCACUUCUACCAAGAAAAAGAAAAUUACCGAUGUGACACAUUUAGCCAUGGUCAUGACUUUCAUAUAUAGCAUGGUCAAGCAAGACUAUCUGAUGCAGGAAAAGAUUGUGUCUGCUUUAGAUCUCAAGAUGUCAUCAGAAGAAUUAGAAACCUACUGCCAAAUGUGGUCUUUACGCCCCUUCAUUAAUGAUAAGAUCGUGCAUGGAGCUUGGGAACAUAUUCACUGA